GAGUUCCGAUUGUGGGUAGGCCGGAACCAGGCUAAAGUAAAACCCAAACUACUACAUUACGAUCUAGUUCGUCAAAUUACAACCUAUCAUUGGAUCAAAUGCUGUCUGACAUGUUUCAUACCGAUUGUUAGGCUGUUCUUGGCACACUGAUUUUAACUAUGGAUAACUCCCUUUACCUGGUCAGGAUAUAGGGGUCACGGCAGGUGUGACCGGUCGACAGGGGAUGCUUACUCCUCCUAGGCACCUGAUCCCACCUCUGGUAUAUCCAGGGGUCCGUGUUUGUCUGAUCCCACCUCUGGUAUAUCCAGGGAUCCGUGUUUGCUUAAAUCUCUGUUUUCUAUUGCUUAUAAAUAGGAGUUAUGAGAUUGAUCGAUAUCGUUAUCGUCACCUCCCAUAAAAAGAUCAAUUAAUUUGUAAUAGGCCAUCAUUAUCCUAUAGCAGGGUAUGACCCAUCUUUGCAAGCCAGGUGUCUGAUAAACUUAUUCAUAUAUUGUAUUGUAUACAUCUGUAUAUCGUAUUGUGUAGUUCUAUUUAAUUGUAUACAAUACUCAAUUAAGCUGUCUUGAAUAUAUAACAUUUGUAUAUGGUAUGCAUGUGUACAUAUUGUGGUAUCAUGUAUUUAUUUUUGUGUAUACUAUAAAUAAGCUGUCUUAAACACUUAGGGUACAAGACUGCCAGUCUGAUAGACUUGGCUCAGGCACCGUCCCUUGGUACCCUCUGUGUUUGUGACAACAUUUUAUAAUAUUGUUUUACUUUACUUCCCAUAUAGCACACUUAUUGUACAGUACAUUUCCAAUCAGUAUUGUGAUGAGAAUUCAAUACCUAUGUCAAUGUAGAAACCCUUAACGUGUAUAUGGUACACGUGUAAAUUGUAUCAUGUAGUUAAUAAUGUUUAAUUGUUAAUUUGUAUAUGCCCCCUGAGGGCCCUAGAUUGGUGAAUAAAUAAAUAAAUAUUCCAUUAAUGAGAGUAAGCGAAUGGAACGUGAAGAUGGGUAUAACCCCCAAAACUCAACAACCUAUAUAUGGACCUUAGUAUUUAUCAUUCCUUCCAGCACAGCAUUAUGUCGGCACCCAUUCAAGAAGAACUGAGGGAUCUUGUCAGUAAUGAGAGGGACAAGGAGUAUGUGAGAAUUGUUCAGAGGAUUACCUGCAGUGAGCAGUAUUGUGGCAGAAUAUCUCAACAAGAUAUAAUUAGAGCCAUUCAAUAUCUUAACAAUCUCCCAGGAGGCAUUGAAAGACACAGGGAAGGAGCAAAACUAUUUGGGGCUGUUCAGCAUCUUCUGCUGAUGAGAGACAAAGGUCGUCUGAAUGUGAAUGGCAUGCCUGUUGAAUAUUCAAUGGAGGAGCUUCAACAAAUCUUGGUGGAGGGAAUUGGAUAUCCAGUGGAGGAUGUGAGAAGAAUAGUAGAAGAGUGUGUUGAUAAAAGAGGUUUUCAUCCUUCACCAGAAGAAUUUGAAGAAGUGCACAGUACCAUGAAAGUGAAACUGGAAAAUGAAAUUAGUGCCAAAGAUACACAGCUUCAAGAGAAUGUUGAAGAAAUACGACGAAAAGAUAUCCAGCUCGAAGAAAAAACCCAGAUUAUUCAGGAUAAGGACAGAAUGUUAGAGGAACAAGAGAGAGAGAAAAAUAGGUUGUUAGAGGAACAAGAGAGAGAGAUAAUUAGGUUGUUAGAGAAAAAGGAGAGAGAGAAAAAUAGGUUGUUAGAGGAAAAAGAGAGAGAGAAAAAUAGGUUGUUAGAGGAAAAAGAGAGAGAGAAAAAUAGGUUGUUAGAGGGAAAAGAGGAAAAAGAGAGAGAAAAAUAGGUUGUUAGAGGAAAAAGAGAGAGAAAAAUAGGUUGUUAGAGAAAAAGGAGAGAGACAUGAGAUUUGAAAUGUUUGAAAUAAUGCUUGCAUUUGUAUUUGUACAUUGUAUUGUAUUGUUCAGUCUAUUAAGAAUCGGGUUGUUAUAAAUUUAUAGCAUUAUACUACAAGAGAAUUCAAAUUGUAAUACCAGAGCCAUGAGAGCACCAGGGAACAAAACGUAUCAAAUCUUUUCUAGGUAUACUGUAGUUACAGGGGUACUAUAAACUGUAGAUUCCGUCAUUUACACGAGUAGUAGAUGUCAAAUUGCAAGAACCUGAAUUUGCAAAUGGACAACAAGAGUUUUUGCAUUUAUUUCAGCAAUAUGAAAAUAAAUCCGAGUAAUUUUAUUUUGCAAAUGGUGCUUCUUGCUAAAUUACUCGUGCAUAUAAAUUUUUUUACAUUAGCCUUUUCAUCAAUGAAUCUCCAUCUGUGUGAGGACUUCUAGAGCAGAAGUUAAAAAACAGAAAAAUGACAGGAAAAUGUCAAAAUGAAUAGAGAGAGAAAAAAACCGCUUUAAUAUCUGUAAAACUUUCUAGCAGUCAAUGUACUAGCUUGUAGGUUGCAAUACAAUUCAUGUUACAUUCCUGUAUAUAUAAUCAUUCCAUAUUUAAUAUGUAAUCAUACACAAAAUGAAUUUAUAAUGCAUUUGUAUUCAUACUACUAACAAAGUAUUAAAAUCAUUAUUGUUUUACUUUUUUUAACUGACAAAGAAUAUUAUUUCUGUUUAUGUUGAGUAAAUGUUUCCUCAGCUUUAUGAAUAACAGAUGAUCUUCAUUUGAUCAUCAACAACAUUUUUUCUUUAUUUGACAGAAUAAAAAUAUCUGGUUUAUUUUUAGCAAUGUAUGGUGCGCCAAAUUCACAAAAAUGAGCUAAACAUAGUUUCACAGUUGAUAAACUAGGUUUAUCGACUAUUUUUGUGAAUUUGGCCUGCCAUAGCAAUGUUCUGAACAAAACUGCCUCUCUUUUUUUGUAAAAAAAAAAAAAAGGAUAUAUUUAAUCUGUAAAUGAACCUCAUCUCCUAUAUGUGCAAUAUAUUCCACAGGGGCCCUAACUCUGUGAUACCAUAAAUAUAGCUUAUAUAGCCCCUGUGUGCAAUUCUUGUCACACAUUCUACAGAUUCUUCUAUUUCCUGUAUACAUGUGAUGGUGUUAUUAUUUAGAAGUGAUUGGAGGUCUCUGUAUGCCUGGGAAUGGAUGAUCGAGUUUCUAUGCAAAUUUUUAUCUUUGAUAAUUGUAUUUUCUGUUUAUAAUAAUACCACUAACUUAAUACAACAUUAAGUAUUAUGCCCUUUUCGCAUAUUACUUUUACUGUUAUGUAUACAGGUCAGAUUGUACAUGUGCACAAGGUCAAUCUUCCCUCAUCAAAAAUGUUAUAUACUGAAUUAGGUACAUUAUCAGUGGAAUUAUUCUUUGUCCAAUGUUAAAUGUAUAUACUCGUGUGUGCCAUAAAUUGUUAUUUUUGUUGUUGCUGUUGUUGGUUUUUUGUUAAUAUUUUUAAAGAAUAUGGUAUACUUCUAUGUAACCAAUUUUUUCCCGGUGGUAAUGCAUUUGCAUGUGAUAUUAUGGAAGAUUGAAUACUUGAACCUUUAUACCAAAGACGAAAAUCAUGUACCCCGGUAUUUUUAUGCCCCGUAAUCAUGGAUUCUGGGGCAUUUAGUUUUUUCUUAUCUUUUGAUCGCUUAUAUCUUGUAUCAAUUAUGUUAAGAAUACUAAUUGCUUUGGAAGUCCUUUUGUAAGUCAUUUGGGUGACAUAGGUUGUGAGAGAAAAUUGUGCAUGGCCUAAACCUCAAGAAUUUUUAGAAAUGAUCAUGGAUGAGAGUAGAGAUGAAAAUGAUAUAAACGAUGACAGUGAAUAAGUAUAACUUAAUGCUAACAUUCUUCAAGCACUGGAUUUUCAACACUGUAUUAGAGACCUUCUAGGCCUACCGGUAAUAAUAAAGCCAGUAGAAAACCAAUCUCUAAAGCUUACAAAAAGUGGGAAACAAUUACAUAAAUCAAUGGGUUAGACAGGGAAUCCACAUGAUCGAGUACAUUUGAUCAUGCAGCUGUUAUGACGUUAUAAUGCAUUGAAUAAAAAAAAAUUAAAAUGAAUUCUUGUUUAAUAAACCUUGAUUAAUGAAGUUCCAUACAUAACUCAAUUUCUUCAGGAUAUCGUUUCAUAUUACCUUUAAGUUUUAAAACUGUGUGUAUU